AUGGAGGUGGAGGAUGUGCUGGACCAGAUUGAGAAGGUUGAUACUGACUCCAAUGGCUACGUAACAAGGGCGGAAUUGGAAAAAUACUUCAAGUCAACCAAUCAAGAUUUGGCAAUUGUGGAUAAUUGGUUUAGGUGGUUUGAUCUGGAGAAUAAGGGUGUGAUCGAGGCGGAGGACGUUUGUACCACCCUUGGGGUACCAAUGCGAGAGCCAUACGCCCAACGUGUAAAAGCCAAUCGAGAGAGGAAAAAGAAGACUACAGUUGUGUCUGAUUUACGCUCCAAGAGGCUCAUUGAUAAAAUUAGCGACUCAUCUGGACAUUCGAUGAUGAGUGGUAGCAAGUCGAACGGUGUGAAGGAACCAAUGAGUCGACGACAAGGCUCCACUACCUCGUCUAGUUCCAGUGGGGUAAAGGUUGGCAGAGUAACAAAUGUCUCACGCGAUGAAUCAGUAGACAAUCGAAAGUCCCUGUCC